UCCUGUUUUCUGUCUUAGGGACACCACAAAGGAAGACCUAUAAGAUUCCAAUUUUUGUUCACCUAUUUACCCAAUGAACGGCCUUGGCUUUACCUUUAUCUCAACUCUCUAACUCCAUUCUUCCCCACUCGCUAUCUUUUGCUCUUAAAUUUUCUUCCCUUUGGCUCAAUUAACUACUCUUUCUUCGUUAAAAAGAAAACAAAACUCGCAUGCAAUGGCAAUUGAUUGUAUGAUCACGAAUGUGAAAUCACCAAUUCUGCGGAUAUUAGAAGAUGAGAAAAAACCAUUGAUUUUUGAUGCAUCUCAGAUGAAACGCGAGUACAACAUUCCAACACAAUUCGUAUGGCCAGACGACGAGAAGCCUCGUGCUGUAGCACGAGAACUUCCGGUUCCACUUAUCGACUUAGGAGGUUUCCUUUCUGGAGACCCCGUCGCGGCCCAACAAGCAUCUAGACUUGUUGGUGAAGCAUGCCGUAAUCAUGGUUUCUUUCUUGUAGUUAACCACGGAGUUAACGCUAAUCUCAUCUCCAACGCCCAUCGUUACAUGGACAUGUUUUUUGACUUGCCACUUUCUGAAAAGCAAAAGGCUCAGAGGAAACUUGAAGAGCAUUGUGGUUAUGCCAGUAGCUUUACUGGAAGGUUUUCCUCUAAGCUACCUUGGAAAGAGACACUCUCUUUUCGAUACUCCGCUGAAGAAGACUCAUCUCACAUAGUUGAAGAAUACUUCCAAAAUACAAUGGGUGAAAGUUUUAGCCAUCUUGGGAAUGUUUAUCAAGAAUAUUGCAAUUCAAUGAGCACACUUUCUCUAGGGAUAAUGGAACUUUUGGGAAUGAGCCUAGGCGUAGGGAGGGAACACUUCAAAGAGUUUUUUGAAGAAAAUGAAUCCAUAAUGAGACUCAACUAUUAUCCACCAUGCCAGAAACCAGACCUCACUUUAGGGACAGGGCCACAUUGUGAUCCAACAUCAUUAACAAUUCUACAUCAAGAUAGUGUUGGCGGGCUUCAAGUUUUUGUGGACAACGAAUGGCGCUCCAUCAGUCCAAAUUUCAACGCUUUCGUUGUUAACAUAGGCGAUACAUUUAUGGCUCUUUCAAAUGGAAGAUACAAAAGUUGCUUGCACAGAGCAGUGGUAAACAACAAAACUCCUAGGAAAUCACUUGCUUUCUUUCUUUGUCCAAAGAAGGAUAAGGUAGUGAGCCCACCAACUGAAUUGGUGGACACCAACAACCCUAGAAUAUAUCCCGACUUCACAUGGCCUACUCUCCUUGAGUUUACACAGAAGCAUUACAGAGCUGAUAUGAACACUCUUCAAACUUUCUCAAAUUGGCUUCAACAGAAAACUGCACAAGUUUAAGAGCUAAUUCAACUUCUCCGAUCGUACCUCACAUGAGAUUCAAGCUUAUAUAUAUAUAUAUAUAUCGAGGAUGGAAGACCUCAGGAUUUUCUUUAUAUGUAUGUACAUUCCCUCCGACGAAGACGAAGACGAAGACGAAGACGAAGACGAAGGGAGAUGGUGAAAACAUAAGAAGAAGAAGAAAAAUAGUUGGAAACGAGAAAAGAAAAAGACAUGCUCUUUUAAUUUUUCCCAUGAAUAGUUCAGUUAAAAAAGUAAAUAUAGACGAGAUAGGGAAGAAGAAGGAAAGGAAUAAAACUGCUGUAUAACUUAAGUUUGUUUAUUUUGACGUAUUGAAAAAUAUAGAAAAGAUUACGUAUAGCUAGCUUUAAUUACGAGUAUCCAAUGUAAGCAUCCCUCACUAAGAGAUAAGUAGUAACUUUUUGAACUUCCUCA